GGUGCAGACACACAGACCUGGCCCUGCACUGCGGCCUUGGAGACAGUCGGGGGAGGAGCUUGUCGGAGGGUGAGCUAAGUCAGAGCAGGUGGGGCGUGGCCGAAGAAGUGUCAGGGACUGACGGAGACUGUUUCCUGCUCAGCCAGCCCCAGAACCGGAGGACCACAGAGCCAUGCUCUCCAUGUUGGGAUCCCUGGUGUCCGCCCUCUGGGCAGGGCUCCAUCCCAGGACCCUGCUGCUGGGGAUCAUCGCCUUCCUGUUCGUUGCCGACUUCCUCAAAAAGCGGCGUCCCAAGAACUACCCGCCUGGUCCAAGGCGCCUGCCCUUUGUUGGUAACCUUUUCAGUUUCAAAUUGGAGCAGAUGCUGGAAGCGGUUGAGAAGAUGGUGAAGAAAUUUGGGAAUGUUAUUAGCCUGGAAAUGGGUGGCUCACCUAUCAUGAUUAUAACUGGAUUGCCCUUAAUCAAAGAAGCCCUUGUUCAAAUGGACCAAAACUUUCUGAGCCGCCCCUUGCCCCCUAUCCGAGAACGUGUCUUCAAGAAAUAUGGACUGAUCAUGUCCAGUGGCCAGCUGUGGAAGGAUCAGAGAAGAUUCGCUCUGAUGACACUAAGGAACUUUGGUUUAGGAAAGAAGAGCUUGGAGGAACGCAUUCAAGAGGAGGCCCAGCAUCUCAAUGAAGAAAUGGAAAAGGAAGGUGGACAGCCUUUUGACAAUCACUUCAAGAUCAACAAUGCCGUUUCAAACAUUAUUUGCUCCAUCACCUUUGGGGAGCGGUUUGAGUACCAUGACAGUCAGUUUCAGGAGCUGCUCAAGUUACUAGAUGAGGUCAUGCGUUUGGAAGCUAGAUUUCGGUGCCAGCUCUACAAUAUCUUUCCAUGGAUAAUGAAAUUCAUUCCUGGUCCUCACCAAACUCUCUUCAGCAACUGGGAAAGAUUGGAGUUAUUUGUCUCUCGUGUGAUUGAAAACCACAAGAAAGAUUGGAACCCUGAAGAACCGAGAGACUUCAUUGACGCAUAUCUCAAGGAAACUUCUUCAUGCAAGGCUAAUGCUACUUCAAGUUUCACUGAACAAAACCUUAUCUGCUGCACUUUGGACCUCUUCUUGGCUGGCACAGAGACAACUUCUACAACACUGCGCUGGGGUCUGCUGUACAUGGCCAUGUAUCCGGAAGUCCAAGAAAAGGUACAUGCUGAGAUUGACAGUGUGAUUGGCCGGUGGCAGCAGCCAAGCAUGGCUUUCCGAGAAUCCCUGCCCUACACGAAUGCUGUCAUCCAUGAGAUUCAGAGAAUGGGUAACAUCGUCCCCUUCAACGUGCCCAGGGAAGUGACAGUUGAUACCAAUUUGGCCGGAUACAACCUGCCCAAGGGGACUCUGAUCCUGACCAAUUUGACUGCACUGCACAAGGAUCCAAAAGAAUGGGCCACUCCUGACACCUUCAAUCCAGAGCAUUUUCUGGAGAAUGGACAAUUUAAGAAGAGGGAAUCCUUUCUGCCUUUCUCAAUAGGAAAGCGGGCAUGCCUUGGAGAACAGUUGGCCAAGACUGAGCUGUUCAUUUUCUUCACUUCCCUCAUGCAAAAAUUUACCUUCAAGCCCCCAAGCAAUGAGACACCGAGCCAAAAGUUCAGAAUGGGCAUAACCCUUACCCCUGUGAGCCACCGCCUCUGUGCCAUUCCACGGGCAUGACAGUGUCAAAAAUAAAGAAGUGACAUGAGCUGUGAAGCCACUGUGCCUGCCCAGAUGGGAGCAGCCUUAAGGAAAGUGCCUGUGAAAGAUGAAAGAAGUUGAUCCCAGUCUAUAUGGAAUUGUACCACAUAAUUCAAAAAUUCAAAAUCAAACAUAUGCAUGUAUCUGGAAAAAAAAAAGAUGAAAGAAGUUGGCCCUUCCGGAACUGGAUCCAAGUUUCAGCUCUACCUUCUCCUUGGAAUUAAUUCAGAGCCAAGCAUUUAUGUUCUAAAUGAUUUACCCUUUCACCCAAGAGAUAAAGACAAUAAUACUUCUUCCCUAAAACAUUUGUAAGACUCAGAUCAAAACAAUGAUUUGUAAUUCACAAAGUGAACCAUAAAAUUUGUGAGUGUAAUGUGUUUGCUUCCCAUCUCUCUCCUUUCUUAGACAUGCUUGCUUCUAAGCCACAUAUGCACUCCUCAUGAAUAAACAUAAAACUGUUAUGGAUUUUUAAGGCUUCAGGGCAAUGUGUUGAUAGAGGGGAUGAAAGUGGGAAUGUGGAACCUCGAUGCAGCCACAAAGAUUAUCGAGGUUGUCUCUCCGGUGGAGUAGCAUUUUCAAAGCUUCAUCUUGUUGGAGCCUCAGAAUCAUCAUUUGAGAAGGCAAGUAUUAGUUCCCACUUACUAGCAUGAAAAUCAAGCACUGUUGAAUCAGUUUCUAUGGUUUAAAAACCUUGGAGACAGAUC